AUGUCAACCAGCACCAGCUCCAAAACUCCGCUAGGGCUCCGGAACCCGAUCCACAACCCAUUCCCAUCGUCGCUGUCCAGCCAAUGUAUCAAAGCGGCUAGGAUCAUAGACUCCUUCAUCAACCCAUUAAUUGUCGGCGAUGGCGGCAUUCCGCGCAAGAUCCUGGGCCGCGCCAAGGUCCUUAUCAUCUGCACGGUUGCCCGGGUAGGCUGCUGCGGCACCCUCCGUUUUGGCUCCGGCAUCAUGGUCUCGCGCCUGCCGGACGGAAACUGGUCUGCGCCCUCCGCCGUGGCCCUCAGCGGCGUAGGCUGCGGCAUGACCUUCGGCGUCGAGCUCACCGACUACGUGUUCGCCAUGAGCACGGACGAGGCCGUCGCGAAAGUAAUGCACAUGCCCGGCGUGUCGCUGGGCCUCAACGUCUCGCUGGCGCUGGGACUGGGCCGGACGGCCGAGUCGGGCACCAUAUUCGGUAUGCGGGGCGCUUCGGGCUUCUAUUCCUUCUCGAAGACCCGGGGCGUGUAUGCGGGACUCUCGGGCGAGGUCUCGAUCGUGGUCGAGAAUCCGUCGGCGAAUAAGAAGAUCUAUGAGCGGAAGCUCAAAGCGAGGCAUCUGGUUGGGGGGGGAGAUCCCGUUUCCUCGCGAGGCGGAGCUGCUUAUGCGCGUGCUGAAUUCGGAUGCUAUGCAACCGCAGUCGUCGAGUACGACGGGCAGCAUGGGUCGGGGGGCGUCGAAGGUCCCAGAUGUGUUUUAUCAGGCGCCCAAGCCGAUUGCGGAGCUGGAUAG